CUAUUUAAAUCUCCAAACCCAAAGCCCACAAACUUUCAUUCCCAUAAUACCCUCAUCUCUUCAUUUUAAUUAUUCACUACACUGCUCAUUUACCUCAGGGCCCACACCGUCAUUUCACCACCUUUACUUCUACAAUAAUCUACCACCAUUCAUUCCACACGACACCGUUUCACCACUCAUCGCCACCGUCGCGACCUCGAUAGCUUCACCUCCCUCACAAAAUUCAUUUCCACUUUUACCCCUCAAAAUCUCUCCAAAUUCCAAUUCUCACCAACCGUUGUUUAAUUCCAAUCUAGAACCUUCGAUUUUCGAUCGUAUUGAAAUGGAGCCCUAAAAAUCAUCCCGUUAGGGUUUUUACGUCUUUCGGGAAUUGAAAGUUUUGAUUUUUUUUUCUUUUCCGGAAUGGCGGAUCGGGGAGAAGACGAGGAUUUGGAAAUGGCAAUUCGGAUGAGCAUGACGCCGGAGCCGAAGCGCAAUAAGCCUAGGGACGAAGUGGCGGGGGUUGUUUCGGGGUUCCCGGAGGAUUCGCCGGAAUCUAAGACUCGGAGGCGGGAGCUCAUGGCUGCGGCGGCUGAGAAGCGGAUGGCGACUGUUGUUAGGGUUUCGCCGUUGUCGCCGGUGGGGAAUAAAGGAUUGAAGAAAGGGGGUGAAGUUGUGAGGAGAGUGGAGGAAUUGCCUUUGAGAGAUGAGAGCCUGUGUAAGGAGCUUUCUGCGGAGGAAGCUAAUAAGUUAUUUGUUAUGGUGUUUGGGAGUGAAGUCUCGAAGGAUAUUCUAGCACAGUGGUGCAACCAGGGAAUAAGGUUUAGCUCUGAUCCUGAAACAUCAAUGGGCUUAGUGCAGCAUGAAGGAGGCCCCUGUGGCGUUUUGGCAACUAUACAAGCAUUUGUGCUCAAAUACAUUAUUUUCUUCGGUAAUGAAUUGUCACGCAUACCACAGAAUCGGGGUCUGGGCGUGUCAAGUAAAAGUCACUCUGUUCCAUCAUAUAAUAUUUCUUCACUCACUGAAGAUGUAAAAGUAAGAGCCCUCGUAAGAAGUAUGGGUGAAAUUUUAUUUUUAUGUGGAAGUAAUAAAAGGGCCGUGAUUGCAACUUUGAGCAUUCCGGGGAAUGAUAUUCAACGUUUUGAAGGAAUCUCAGAGGAUGAGGCUGUUGCAAGCUCACUUAAAGCUCUUUCUAUUGAAUCUUCUUUGGAUCUGCUGAAAGUUCUUAGAGUUGAAACUCACACGUCAGAAACAACUGCUUUUCAGAGGCUUGAAGCAAUUAUUCCUUUAUUCCAAAGUCGUAUGGGGGCAUUGCUCUUCUUAAUCUCUGCUUUACUUUCUCGUGGACUGGAUUCGGUUCAAAGUGACAGGGAUGAUCCCAGCCUACCACUGGUUACUGCUCCUUUUGGGCAUGCCUCCCAGGAAAUUGUAAACCUACUGCUCUGUGGGCAGGCUGUCGCAAAUGUAUUUGAUGGAAGGAUGGAUUUAGGUGGAGGAAUGUUUCUGAAAGGUGUAUCCCGAAAUGUGGAAGUUGGAUUUCUCACCCUGCUAGAAUCCCUGAAUUUCUGCAAGGUUGGUCAGUUUCUGAAAACCCCAAAAUGGCCUAUAUGGGUUGUUGGGAGUGAAUCCCAUUACACAGUGUUGUUUGCUCUUGAUCCCACCGUUCAAAACGAGAAUGAAUUGGAAGGAAGGGAAACACAGAUCCGCAAAGCUUUUGAUGCACAAGAUCAAAGUGGAGGUGGCGGCUUCAUUAGUGUGGAGGGUUUCCAUCAAGUCAUCAGAGAAACAAAUAUCAAACUACCACAGGAGAAGCUAGAUAACCUUUGCAGUGCAGGGUUCAUUGUAUGGAGUGAAUUCUGGCAGGUAAUUUUGGACUUGGACCAAAACUUGGGAGGUUUGAAAGAUUCAUCAGGAUUGAUGGGUAAGAAGGUCUUUGAUCUUUUCCACUUUAACGGGAUUGCUAAAUCAGAUUUGAAUGGCAGUCAAGCAAGUUUUGGGGGUGAAACUCCACUGCAAAGACCCAGGCUGACGAAAUUAAGUGUCUCAGUUCCCCCAAGAUGGACACCUGAGGAAUUUAUGGCAGAUGUGCAAGGUCCAUCCGCUUCUGGUACAAGUGACUCUGCUGGGAAGGACAUUGAGGUAUCUAAACCAGAGCCUGUUCAGCAUGCGCCUCUGGUUGACUGCGUAAGGACACGCUGGCCACGUGCUGUCUGCAACUGGUCGGGUGAUCCUCCUAGUAUAGUCUGAAAGACACUUAAAUGGGUUGAGCUGGGGAAAGGAAACAUGGUUCAGCAAAGCCAUCAUGAAAAGAGGUGAUGAUGCUCUCAUGUUUUACUUUGAUAUAAGGAGGGGGUAAAAUCUCCAGAUUCUCUACAAACUGUGCAGCUGAUAUAUGAUGUGGAUUAAUGUAUUUUCAAUUUUCUUUUCGAUUUUGUCACGAGUCACGACAUUCAAAGAGUUUGGGAAAGGAGGGGUGUGUGGUGAUAUUUAUAUUCAAGCCUACGUGUAAAAUCAAUUUAAAUGUAUUAUUGUUAAUUAGGAAGGGUCUUAGUUGUUGGGAUUUAUUAUUAAUAAACGUGGAUUCUAUUCUUCGUUCUGUUUUAGUUUGUUGUAAUAUAUAGUAUAUUAUGGAGCUUGGCUUCUGAAUAGAGGAAAUGAGUAUUUCAUAA